CAUGGGUUGCUUUAGCCUGCGUAGAUACUGUUGCGCGCAGAACGGGUUCAGAACAUCGCGGCAGAGGAUUGUUCGUUUCUUACUUUAAUUUUCUUGUGUGUCGUGUGUUUUGUUUUAUUCUUCACCCGGUGCUUUUUUCGCGACCGGUAAUCGAUACAUAUCCCAAAGGCGAAAACCGGCUUUUGGGCAAAUUCGCGAUCGUUAUCUUUCUCUCGCCCGGUUAGCUGAUCGCGUACCGCGCCGAUCCUGGGACUCUUCACGAUGCAGUUUUCGUGGGUUCAGUAAAGCGACCGGCAGCAGUGUCAGCAGCUCAAGAAAGGAAUAGAAUCGAAUUGAUUUGAAUAAUUUGGAUUCGGUGACAGGAAGUGAUAUUUAUUACCUCUUACCCAGAGGAUGAUGCAGGUUUCCUUCUAUGGAUCGUGAGAAUUUGUUUGAAUCGAAGAGUGAAAUUGCCCGAAAAAUAUUUGAGCUUCAUUUCAAUGUGCAGUACAUGCCAUAUCUUCGAUGGUGAUUUGAAAAAGAAGCCUUCUUCAGGAAAAUAAUUUAAUUAUCGUGAGUGAAUGAGUGAGCAAGUGCCGCAAUAAAAAAAUAGAGCUUAAUUAUAAUUAUUCUUCAAAAUCUUUCCGAAAUUUCCGCUGCGAAAGCCGGCGUCGAUUGCCUUAUAGCCUGUGCGCGGAUAGUGUUAUCCCAGAGUACGAAAGUGGUUUGUGGGUGAAGGUGAUUUUUCAAUUUUUCAACCGAUCGAAUCAUAAUAAAGCGGGACGAGAAAAUCGUAGAUAUGGGCAAAUUAGGCAAUUGCGGUUUAAUUGGCGUGCUACUGGUCCAAAUUGCCAUGAUUUGUGGGAAACUAGAGCCGGUCCGCCACAAGUGGUCCCGGUCGGAGAUUAUGGACGGCAAUGGAUUAUAUCUUUUGGAGUGGAAAGUUGAUCACAAGGACAUCGUGUUCACGGUAACGGUUAAUACGCGUGGAUUCAUCGGACUAGGAUUUUCGCACAAAAGCGAAAGGAUGAGUGGUUCGGAUUUGGUGCUAGCCUGGGUGGAUGAUCGUACAGGAAAGCCCAGUGUAUUGGACUGUCAUGGAGCCAGGGACAGCCAGCGAGCACCGGUGCAGGACGACACACAAAAUUACCAGGUGGAAAGUGGAUUUCAGAAUCUAACACAUACCACUGUUACAUUCCGCCGGGCAUUGGAAACGUGUGACCCACACGAUGUUAUAAUCGGGGGGGACACGAUGAAGGUGCUAUGGUCGUAUGGAGAUCGCGAUCCAGUUCACGGUAAUCUGAAAGAUCAUGGUAAAAAUCGCGGUGCGCGAUCAAUUCAGUUUCUGGGACCAUUGUUCAAAAAACCGUCGAACCCUCAACUGCGACACGAUCUCCGACAGUGGGAUGUCACUGUGAAGAAUGUGUCCAUCGAUGCGAGUAUGGACACUUUGUACUGGUGCAAGAUAUUAAAGGCACCCACGCUGCGAGAAAAACAUCACAUUAUUGGCUAUGAAGCAAUACUUACAAGAGAAAGCUCCACCAAGCAGCCUCUGGUACAUCACAUGACCUUAUUCGAGUGCGCACCGAAUUCCUACCCCGGUUCGGAUCCCAACUCCUGGGACGUAUGGGUUAAAAGCAGUGGAGCAGUAUGUAACAGCAAUUUGCUAACUCCACGCGAUUGGGAUUCUUGCAUUACACCAGUAGCAACGUGGGGCGUUGGAGCCUCUGGUCAAUUUCUGCCAGAACAUAUUGGCAUCCCAAUCGGUGGAAAUAAAGGAGGAGCCAAAUACUAUAUGCUUGAAGUUCAUUACGACAAUCCACGGGCUAAACGUGUGUUGGAUCAUUCCGGAUUUCGAAUGCAUUACACGAGACAUGUACGUCAACACGAUGCCGGAAUGAUGAUUUCCGGAGUUUCCAUAUCAGACACACAAAUGAUCCCACCAGGACAAAAACUAUACAGAAAUGUUGGAAUUUGUGGACCCUCCUGCACCGGUGCAGUUUUUCCAGAGAGUGGAAUUAACAUUGUUUCAGCAGCUCUACAUUCUCACGUUGCCGGUAGGAAAAUGAAGUUAAGACAUGUGAGAGAUGGAAAGGAGCUACCACGAAUAGUCGAGGAUGACAACUAUGACCACAACUUCCAGCAAAUUCGUCAGCUCGAAAAUGAAACUAAUAUUAUGCCUGGUGACUAUUUGAUUACGGACUGUGCGUACGAGACUAUCGGUAGAAAGCGUCCAACACUUGGAGGCUAUUCAACCAAACAGGAAAUGUGUUUAUCUUUCAUCACAUAUUAUCCAAAGAUCGAUUUAGCUGGAUGCUACAGCAUGACUCCUGUAAAGGAAUUCUUCGAAACAUUCGGUGUCUUCCAGUUCUACUCAAUGAAUAUGACGGAUGUGGAGAAUUUGUUCCUCUACAAUGGAAAUAUACUGGAUCUUCUUCCCACGACUGUUUUUCCGAACUUUGCUCCAGGUGGUGAUAUCGAUGAUGAACAAAAUCAAAUUGCUAUCAAAGCCCUCCAAAGUGCAAAAGAGUACAGUAUCAUAGACGAAGAAGAUGUACUGUAUAAGGAAUCCAUUCUCAACAAACUAAUAAUUUCGGAUCCCAUCGAGUUCCAUGAUCGAACAUUCUUGUCGCAUUUAAAUCAAUUACCUUGGCAGGAACCACUGUUCACUAGACGUGUAGAACAGAGCAUUCUAACGGGAAAACAUAUGACUUUCUGUCGGGUUUCCAAUGAUUCUAUAUCAGUGGCCGCAGAAAUUUUCAAAUAUCCCUUAUUUGACACAUUUGUCAAACCUCCUAGUCACUGUCCUUUCCAUUUGUUUGUGGAAUUCAACCAGUCAUCGGAAGCGAGAAAACUAUCCAGCACAAAAGCUCUGGUGUUGCUAUUACUGCUAUUUUUUCAUCGGUACCGUUAAUUUUCGACUGAGUCCCUCAUGAUAUCACUAGAUACGAUCUAAUGACAUCCCGUGAAAUUAGGUACAACGAUCGGUGAUUCUACUUCUUCACAUUAUUUAAUUUUUCUUCCGUUAUUUAUUGUUCCUGUACUUAUUUAAGUACCACAUUCUAUCAUUUCAUAUAUAAUUUAUAUUUUUUGUAAUUUUCCUUGACCUUUGUUCUAUCUAAACGCUAAAUUAUUUUCAGUAACAUUAUACGCGAAUUUCUCACUAGUUUAAUGAAACAUACCAAAGUUUAUCGAUAAUUUCCGUCGUUAAAUGAAUAAAAAUAGGUUAUUCAAUUCAUAUGAAAGAAACUGGAAGACGCUUUGACUAUCACGAGCAGCAUCUGUAUGUUAACAAUAAUUAUGAAACUUGGUGUAACGGGGUAUACAUCUGUUAACACUUUCUGCUAAUAGAACUUCGACAAACAUUAGAUGCAUUAAGCCUUUAAAUAUGUAAGAUACAUGUACCUACAAUCCACCUGGUAGUCGAACAACUACAAAAUUUUAUUGAUCACGCACCGGUUUUUGUCAUCUUAGCUUCCGUAACAGAAAUGGUAGAUCUAAUCUGUAGAAGAAAAAAAGUCAAACAGAGGUGAAUUUUCGCGGUUUAGGGUAACAGAAGUAUUUUGGCCCACUUUAGGAUCGAUUUUAUUUUGGUCACCCACUUUGUAAAAAUAUCCACCAAAUGUUUUAAUAUCUUUGAAAAAUCCUUCCGCAAUAGGUUAUUUAAUGUGAUUAGCGUCCAACUGAUGCAACAUGGGUUAUCUAAGAUCGAUUGAAUCCAUUCAGUUUGUUAGGUGGGCCAAAAUAUAUGAAGUGGCCAAAAUACCUCUGUUACCCUACCAUAUAGUAAAUAUCAGUUGGUGAAUUCUAAUGAAUGCUAUUUCAAAUUGAUUUACAACAUUACAGUCAUAUAUUUUCUUAUAUGUCAAUGAAAUUAAAAUACUUGCAAAGCAAUUGUCCUUCACUAAUAAUAGGCUAGGACAUUGCUUGUAUCGCCAAUAGUUCGGCAUAGCUAAAAAUUCAAUAGCAUGAUUGUGGUACCUAAAAUGUGUUACAAAUAAUAUUACAAAAAAAUGGAAAUUGAAAAUUUCCCAAAACUAUUUAUUAGAGUGUAAAUAAAUCAAUGUGUUUCAAUAAUCGUCAGGAAACUUAUUCAUAUAACAAUAGAUAUGUAGAAAAUAGUAUUCUAAACACUAGUACUGUAAAAAUACUCCUGUAUUAUAAAAGUAGUUUUGAGCAUAAUAAAGCAUGUAUAGGAAUUCA